GAUCAACUAAACUGGCAACCUGUGCUUCUAGAAAAUGUACAACAAAAAGUUUGAAGUUCACACGUGGUCAUCUUUGGGGCGUGACAGGAUGUUUUUCAGGGAUCACUGAGAGGUUGCUAUCAACACUUGGACCUCGUUCGGCUUUUUUGCCUAUGAGAUCUGGGAUCUACAGCAAUGAUGUGAUGGCAUUAAGAAAAGGACGAGGAACAUGUGUGGACUUUACCCCGAGGACAUGGAUAGCACAAUUAGGUGCUCUCUCACCUCUGCAGACUGAGGUCACUCGGCCACGGGGGUCAAAGGCCGUUUUGUCGGUGAGCAGCACAGCUGAGGCGUUGGGUCGCUGGUAUAACAAGCGAGCUGGUCAGGUGUUGGAACACAAACGUCCUCAGAGGUUGUAUAGUUUGGUGUCUAGCCACAGUAGACUUGUGGAAAACUGUUUUGUUUUCCGAAGGCAUGUCAUUGACUCUUAUUGCAAAAUACCACCAAAAAUAGUGUUUUAUCCUGUAAAUCUUACUUCACCCAAGACAAAGGUCGUGUAUGACUUUUGACUGUUUUACAAACGCAUCUUCACACUGAUACCAAAUGUUAGACUUUAAAGUGUUCCCCUUCUCUUGUGAUAGUGAAUGAGACCAGAGGGUGCACGUGGACCAACGCUCCAGCCCCAAUCUGGAACCCAUAAAGUCUCUCGUCAUCUCUGCAACAUUAAGAACAGCACUUCUCAUUGGCUGAGAGGACCACUUACCCCCGUCCUCUAUCACCCGCCCAGCGAACGCACACUUCCUGCUUCCCUGCCUGACUGAGGCCAGGCCACUCCCCUCCAGAAGCGCGCUCAGCCAAUGAGAAGUGACCACAGGCACCGGGUCAGCGUUUAGGUAUAAAAAGGGGCAACGGUGGAGCGGCCUGUCAGAUGGUUUGUUUUUGUUCCGUCUGCCAGGUUAGGAAGCGAAUGAAUCUGGAAUCGAGGACGACCACCGAUGGAGUCGUAGGCUGCAAAAAUCAUUCUCGUGCACACGUCAUUUAACUUGAGGUUUGCUGAAGUCGUCAUUUCCUGAGGAAAAUGAGAGAAGAGGUAUCCUGCACCAACUCCCCUGAAGGAGGUCUGGGGGCCAGCGAGGAAGAACUGGAGAGGAGCUCCAAGAAGAGUCUCCAGGCGGUUAACCGAAAACGAUCUCCUCACCUCAAGAAAGACAGUCUGGGCCAGACGGAGGAGAGCGCCACCAGCAGCCCCACCAGCCUGCAGCCAUCGGGCCCCAAGAGGGUAAAGAAGAGUCCCUCCGCUGUGGUGAGCCUGGCCCCCGCCUCGCUGGGCCCCAGACCCGAUCAGCCCUUCGAGGACCUCCACUCCCAGAGGGUCAUCGCCAACGUGCGGGAACGCCAACGCACCCAGUCCCUCAACGACGCCUUCGCCUCGCUGCGCAAGAUCAUCCCGACGCUCCCUUCAGACAAGCUGAGCAAGAUCCAGAUCCUGAAACUGGCCUCACGCUACAUCGACUUCCUGUACCAGGUGUUGCAGAGUGACGAGAUGGACGCUAAGCUGGCCAGCUGCAACUACCUGGCGCACGAGAGGCUGAGCUACGCCUUCUCCGUCUGGAGGAUGGAGGGGGCCUGGGCCAUGUCCACCAGCCACUAGGAACCCUCUCAGUGUCUUAAACCCUCUUGUGUCCACGUCUCCACCCUUGCCGCCUCUGUCUGUGUUUACAUCCACUACCCGACCGUCUUCAUCUCUCUCUUUUUCAAAUCUUUUAUUUAAAUCUCCCUGCCCCCAUUAUUCCCCCGUAAGUCCAGUACCACAAGACGAUCAACUGCUAGCCCUCAGAACGCCAACAAAUGGAAAAUUCACAUUCAGGCAAGGCUGAAAUGUUCCUGCUUCAAACGGACACUUUUAAAACCCGCUUCUGGACGUGUACUGGACCUGCGACAGCGACGCGUCCUCGUCUAAAUCGACUCUUCGGUAGAGAACAAUGACCCCCGAGGAGGCAUGAAAAAGGCUGCUGUGUGUGGACAUGACGUGGGCACAGCCAAUGAAUGUUUACAGCUACAAUGCUAAUAAGCUCAAUCACACUGGCUCUCAAAGGCCCAGCUCACGAGAGCACAGCAGAUCUGACUGCGGUUCUAAUGUGCACUCAUCGGACCUCUUUCUUUGCGUCUGAGGCUUGUUUGCGAAUACACGAACUACUUCCAACUUUUACACUCGGUGCAAAACAGAUGAUCUUCCUCUGAUGUUUUGUGCUGUUUUAUCUCGGAAUGCAAGAAAAUAUGAUUCACGCGGCUUGAAACUCCGUCAACAGCUAUUGUGUAAAAGGUGUGCGACAGAAGGGAGCGCAGCCGUGUUAAGAGGAUGUACUGUAUGUGUGCAGAAAUGACUCUUAGAUUGUUUGUAUAGUUUUGCAUUUGCUUGGGAUUGUUGUGUCAACUCCUGUGGACA